GAAAGAGUUGUUGCAAAGAAUUCUGAAGGAAGAAGCCUGAGGGAAGGAAUCAAGGUUGAAAGUGAGAGGCUGUAUUUCAUCCUCCAUUCUGGCACCAAGUUAACUUUCUUCCAGAGUUGACGAACAGUAAACACAUUCAAUGGCUUCAUGGGAUAGAUGGUGAAGUUUGGGUCUGGAUUAUGGGAGAAGCCCCAGGCGACAAGCCAUAUGAACAGAUUUCGGAGGAGCUGAUAGCAGAAAGGGCAAGACGACAGGCCCAGAAGGAGGCCGAGGAACUCUGGAGACAAAAGGAGGCAGAAAUCACAAAGAAAUUCCGGGAUGCUAUGGCAAAUGAGAAGGCUCGUAUUUUGGCAGAGAAAUGGAAAGUAGAGAUGGAAGACCGAAAGGCAGCCAAAGUUCUGGAGGAGAGGAUCCAUGAGGAAUUCAAGAGAAAAGAAGAAGAGGAGAGGAAAAGGGGAGAAAUGCAGAUUCGCCUUCAGGAAGAACGAAGAGCCAAAGAGUUAUACUGGACCUUGAAGCAAGCCCAGCAGCAGAGCCACGCCAGUGAAAAGGAGGAACGUGAAUGGGAAGAGCAGUUAUGCCGUUCCAAAGCUGCAGAUGAAGAACGGAGAUGGAAAGCUCAGAGAGCUCGGGAUGAGUACCGUCGACACUCACUCCGAGCAAUUCAGAAAGGGAUGGUUGCUGGUCUCAGCAACAUGUUCCAAGAAAUUGGUUUGUACAAUGAGCAGGAGGCAAAGCUCAGUAACCACCAUCCUGGCCCCACUCCGCCAAAGUCCCUCCUUGUCCCCGUUAGGGCCUGGGAACGGCCCCUUCGUCCAGUCUCUAGAGAUGUCAUCAUUCGCUGGUUUAAGGAAGAACAAUUGCCCCGCCAGGCUGGCUUUGAGAGGAACACCAAAUCCAUUGCCCCUUGGUUUCAUGGAAUCGUUAGCCGAGAGGAUGCAGAAGACCUUCUGUCAAACAUGACUGAGGGGGCAUUUCUCGUUCGCGUCAGUGAAAAAAUCUGGGGCUACACCCUCUCCUACCGCCAGCAGCAUGGGUUCAAGCACUUUCUUGUGGAUGCAUCAGGGGAUUUUUAUAGCUUCCUGGGAGUGGAUCCUAAUCGCCAUGCGACUCUCACAGACCUUAUUGAUUUUCACAAGGAGGAAAUCAUCACAGUAUCAGGUGGAGAGUUACUACAGAAACCCUGUGGACAGAGAGACAACCCACCAGACUACCACAUGCUAUUUGAUUGACUUUCUUCCAUGGAACAGGCCUGCAUUAGAUUUCUCUAAUCCCUGUACCCAAGACCUUCCCAACACCCCCUACUUUGUACCAACAAUGGUGGAGGGUGGGCAUCUGAAGGAAUGGGUAAAUUUAAUAAGCUUGUUCUGAAAAUUUUCAAAGCCAAAUGGGAGCCAGCAAGAUCUCCAAAUGAUUUACCUCCUACUUGGCAUUAAGGAAAGUCAUCAGGAUCAUGU